AUGUGUGAUAGAGGUCAACUACCUAAUAUAAUUACGUACAGUUCUAUAUUGGAUGCUUUAUGCAAAAACCAUCAAGUUGAUAAGGCACUUGCAUUAUUUAAAGAAUUUAAAGAGAAAGGUAUUCAACCUGAUGUAUACACAUACACUAUUAUUAUUGAUGGAUUGUGUAAAGAUGGAAGACUAAAGGAUGCACAAAAGGUUUUUGAAGAACUUUUGGUCAAAGGCUACAAUCUUGAUGCAUGUACAUAUAAUGUUAUGAUCCAUGGAUUUUGUAAGAGUGGCUUGUUUGACGAAGCAUUGACAUUGCUGUCAAAGUUGAAAGACAAUGGUUGCACUCUGAAUGCUCAAACUUAUGAAAUUAUUAUUCUUUCCCUAUUUGAAAAUGAUGAAAAUGAUAAAGCAGAGAAACUUCUUCGUGAAAUGAUUGCGAGAGGUCUAAUGUAA